GUGUUAGCUUAACUGCGACUGCUAAACACGAAAGGCGCCUGGUUGAGUGUAUUUCAAAGUGUUCAGGUAUACUUUUAUCAGUACAAACAUCGGUUUUACAUUUACAGCUAUGCCCGGGGACAGUAUGGACAAGCCAAACAUGGUCACAUGCACUGCUCCUGUUAAUAUAGCUGUCAUCAAAUACUGGGGGAAGAGAAAUGAAGAUUUGAUUCUACCCAUCAACUCAUCAUUGAGCGUCACAUUGCAUCAAGACCAGUUAAAAACAACCACCACAGUUGCAACCAGCAGAUCAUUUCAGGAAGAUCGCAUAUGGCUCAAUGGCAAAGAGGAGGACAUAACCCAUGCAAGACUACAGUCCUGUCUGAGAGAGAUUCGAAGACUAGCAAGGAAGAGGCGUAAUGAUGGGGACCCUGCUAUGGAUUCAGCUGGUUUGUCUCACAAAGUCCACAUCUGUUCUGUUAACAACUUCCCCACUGCUGCCGGGCUUGCCUCCUCAGCUGCUGGAUUCGCUUGUCUCGUUUACACUCUGGCCCGGGUGUUUGGCGUGGAGGGGGAGUUGUCGGGAAUUGCUCGGCAAGGUUCGGGCAGCGCAUGCCGCAGUAUGUAUGGAGGGUUUGUCCAGUGGAUCAUGGGACAGAAAGACGAUGGCAAGGACAGUCUAGCCCAGCAGGUGGAGCCAGAGACUCAUUGGCCUGAGCUCAGAAUCCUUGUACUUGUGGCCAGUGCUGACAGGAAGCCAAUUGGGAGCACCUCUGGGAUGCAAACCAGCGUACAAACAAGUCGUCUCUUAAAGCACCGAGCCGAGUCAGUCGUCCCAGGCCGCAUGGUAGAGAUGACUGAAGCGGUGCGAAAAAAGGACUUUGCUGCAUUUGCUGAACUAACCAUGAAGGACAGUAACCAGUUCCAUGCGACCUGCCUUGACACAUAUCCUCCUAUAUUCUACCUCAACAGUGUGUCUCAUCAGGUCAUCAAUUUGGUGCAUCGGUAUAACAGACACUACGGGGAGACAAGGUUGGCCUACACAUUUGAUGCAGGACCCAACGCUGUGAUCUUCACUCUGCAGCAGCAUGUUCCUGAGUUUGUUCAGGCCGUUCAGCAUUUCUUCCCCCCAGAGACCAACGGGGGACAGUUUAUUAAAGGUCUUCCAGUUAACAGUGCUGCUCUUGCUGAGGAGCUGAAACAGGCCAUUGGUCUAGAGCCCAUGCCAAAGGGAUUAAGCUACAUUAUUAGUACCAAGGCUGGACCAGGCCCUCGUGUGGAGGAUCUAACUCAGCAUCUACUUGGAUCAGAUGGGUUGCCUAAGGAAACUGUGUGAUGGCCUUCAGCCCUAAAUGGAAAAAGUUCCAAUAAGCAAUAAGGAAGUCAAUUGAGCGUUAAAUGGAAUUGGCAUUAGACAGAAGUAACUAGGUUUUUACAAAUCACACCAACACCAGACACCUUUCUUACUGUUGUGGAUGCGUAAAUGUAUCAAACUGUACUGCUAUCUCUUUAUUGCUCAUUUCUCUGUCUACAGAUCUCUGUCCGAUCUGAGCACAUGCUUGUGCUUAUGAGGCUUUACAUUUACAUAUGUAUGUAUGUGUUUAAAGAGGGUGUUAUAAUUAUAGUCACUUUAGGGAUGUUUUCAUUUUCAUGUUAUGAGAACAUAAUUUCAGACCUUCAGCACAUACCGGUACUUAAAUUUUGUCAAUUUUCCUGUGUAAUACUAAAUAAAUAUAUUUUAGUCAAUAUAA